AUGGAUUAUAGUGUCGUCCACGCACCUGGUCCUUAUACUAUACGGAUCCAAGGUCAAACCCACCACAGAAUUGGCUCGCUCAUACCACGACAAGGCUGUCUCCCAGAAUAUCUCCAGCUUUACAUAUUUGACACGGCUAACGAACUCAAAAACCGCCUAAACGCGAUGGGGCAAACCUCAGCAGAAGGUAACCUCGAUGAGCCAACGUUAGCCCUCCUCAUCGAGAUGAUUGACGAGAACAAUUGUCUGGCAAAGAUCUUUCGUCGUGCACGAGACCACUACGAAAGCGUUGGGUCAGAGUUUACUAUUAGGUUAGUCCAAGAUAAAGGGAAGGGGAAAGAAUAUGAUCUUCCAACUACAAGCGAGGUGGCAGGUCUUAUCGUGGGGGAUAUAACAUCAACAAUUGGAGAACGAGAUAUAGUGGUUCAGUUUCAAUCUGACACUCUGCAGCAGAUACGUGACGAUCACCCUCUAUAUAUGAGCCUCCAAUACCCUCUUUUGUUUCCGUAUGGUGAAUACGGGUUUCACCCAGAAAUUCCCCUUCAUCUUGAGACAGGCACUUCAAGAACAAGGCAAUUCGUGACCAUCCGUCAAUACUACGCCUCUCUAAUCCAAACACGUCCUAACCAAGGAAUGACGUUGAUUAAAGGCGGUCGUCUCCUCCAUCAGUUUAUUGUGGACGUUUACACAGCGAUUGAAGAAGACCGACUGAGGUGGGCGAGAAAUAACCAAGAAAUCUUGCGGGCUGAGCUCUACAGCAAUGUCCUUGAUGCUGUAAGUAAAGGUGACACUGAUGCUAAAAUUAUUGGCCAGAGAUUUAUACUGCCACCAAGUUUCACCGGAGGCCCCCGGUACUUGGUUGAGAAAUACCACGAUGCUAUGGCUAUUUGCAGAGAAUUCGGCAAUCCAGAUUUGUUUAUCACGAUGACGGCCAAUCCAAACUGGAGCGAGAUUAAAGAACAUCUUCAGAAAUACGGUGGAGAUUCUCCUAAUGAUAGACCGGAUAUUGAAUGUCGGGUUUUUAAGAUGAAGCUAGAUCAACUGCUCAAGGAUUUCAAAGCAGGAAAUUCUACCAGAACACCAAGUGCAGAAGAAGUGGAUGAAAUAAUUUCGGCCGAGCUCCCCAACAAAGAGGAAGACCCAGCUGCUUACGACUUAGUCACGAAACACAUGAUCCACGGUCCAUGUGGACACUUCAAUCCGAAGUCACCAUGUAUGGAAAACAAUGUGUGCACGAAAAAGUAUCCUCGGCCGAAUAACGACAACACUUCGAUUGACAAAUCCGGGUAUGUGUUAUAUCGUCGACGCCGAAACAAAGAUCCGUGUACAGUUAAGGCUGGAGCUGUACUAGACAACACUUUCGUCGUGCCUCAUAACAUUAACCUUCUGAAGAAGUACGAAGCUCAUAUUAAUGUUGAAUGGUGUAAUCGGACAAGCGCGGUGAAAUACUUAUUCAAGUACAUAACCAAGGGCGUUGACCGAGCAACCGCUGUUAUUGAGAAAGGAAAUACAGCAACUACAUCCGACGCGACAGGAUCCGGAGGAUCAAAGGAGAAAGUCCUAAGGCAACGCAAUGAGAUCCAAGACUACAUUGAAGCCCGAUAUUUAUCAGCUUGUGAGUCUAUGUGGCGGACUUUCGCAUUCCACAUACACAAAAGAAAGCCGUCAGUUGAAAAGCUUAUCAUUCACUUGGAAGGCGAACAUAAUAUUACGGUUAAAUCAACAGACAACCUCGGUCGGGUAAUCCACAAACCGGGUAUCGAGAAGACGAUGUUCACAGAGUGGAUGGUUUUAUGCAGAAGGUCAGCGUUUGCCCGGACACUGACAUAUGUGCAGAUUCCUGAAUUUUUUGUCUGGAACAACAGUGCUAAAGUGUGGACUGAGCGUAAGAGAGGAAAACAAUUGGCCGAGUCGUAG